UCGAGCAGACAAGACGCGACGAAAAUCUCGCUCCGAAUUAUUACAAUCUCUCAAAUCACAAUUGUAACAAAUAUUAAAAAAUUGUUUCGUACAAAUAAUUGCCGAUUCGUACUAAUUUGCGUAUACGAAAGCGUGGAAAGCUUGUGAAAGUAGUAUAGAUGUAAAAUAACCGCGGCAGUAUAACACAAAAUUAACUGCGCAAUUUUCGCAAUUUUUCCUCCACCGUCAUUUCAAACUAAAGUCCUAUGCAAUCGCGUCGUUUAAGUUAUUAUUUUUUUAUUAAGUAACAAAGUAUAUUGUAAUCAGUGCCGUGCAAAGUAUCACGUGGCGAUCGUAAUUAACCGCGUUUUCGCGAGUGUUGCGCCAUGAAGUAUCGAUGGAUCAUUGAAAACAGAAGACCCAUCGGGCGAGAACAAAACAAUCGUGAGUGGUACAGAGUGGAUAAAAACAAGAUCAGAGAAGAUUUGCUGGAUCUGUGGAUCCCGCUCGGUGCUGGUCCUAAUGCUGACCAGCCCGACAAAGCCGCUGAAAUUUUCCUUGUGAGAUCCGCCGAGAGAUCCGACUCGUUGCCCCUGCAGGCUUGGCACUCGUUAGCCAGAUCGGCAUUAUCCUGGUUCAUCAGUCGAACGUCCAUAAACGGGUUGCUGGGCCGCGGCUCCAUGCACGUAUUCUCCAGCGAGCAAUUUCAAAAGCUAAUGGACGCAAGCGGCUUCACCGGCCCCUGGCAUUCCUUGGUGGACCUCGGGGCAGGUGAUGGCGCAACCACCGCCCACGUGGCGCAUCUCUUCGAGAAGGUGUACGCCACGGAUAUCUCACCCCCCAUGAGAUGGGCUCUUGCGAAGAGAAAAUUCACGGUACUGAACGUGGAGAGAUGGCACCUGGAAGCCGGUCCUUUCAAUGUCAUCCUCUGCCUGAAUCUUCUCGAUCGCUGCGACCGUCCAAACACCCUGUUGAGACUACUGAGAAACUCGCUGGCACCCGGCGGCAGACUGGUGGUCGCCUUGGUGCUACCGUUCAGCCCCUACGUCGAGGUUGGCGAGAGAGGUAACCACAAGCCGUCGGAGUACCUGCCGGUGCGAGGAAGCGGGCUCGAGGCACAAAUAGCCGGACUGAUCGACCGUGUUUUCACUCCGCUGGGUUUACGAUGCCUCGUCUGGAGCAAAUUGCCGUACCUCUGCGAGGGCGAUCUAGGACAAUCGUACUACUUCCUGGACGACGUGAUUUUCGUGCUGGAGACGCAACCAAUUAGUACGCGAUCCUGCGAAUUCACGAUGGACGACAACGGUGUUUCGUUGCGAAGGGACUUUUGAGAUAGCCGUGCGGGCUCUGUGUACAGGAGUGGAAAGAGUUGGAGGGGGAGAGAACGACACAAGGCGAGUUUCUCACACUUGUAAAAACUUUAAUAAUUGCUGUCAUGAGUUAGAAUUAUGCGAGAAUACAGAAGAGCAAUACUGGCAAGCGACGACGAGCUUAACGUGCAGACACAGCGGUUAGCGUUUGGUGUACGAAUAUCGAUUAGCGAUCCGAGUUUAAAAAGGGAACGACGGAUCAACAAUAGUGCACAUUUUACAAUCAUUUAUCAUGUGACUGUCGAAUGCGGUGCGGGAAGGGUCUCUAUGGUAUAGAUAUGGUGUGAUAAAAUAUUGAGAUUCGGAAACGAAAGCAGUACUUUUUUCUUUCUCCUUUCCACAUACAUGGUCUGUCUUAAAAGUAAUGAGACUAUUUUUGGCGGGCCAGUCAGAAGGGUCGGGGGAUGAAUCUAUUGGACAGAGCAGUUGAUAAGGGAUGUCAGGUAUAUAGUCUGACCCAACCUGAGUUGCCUCCGAGCCGUUUGAACAUUCAGAUCGCCAGCAAAGCGUGAUGUUUUAGUGUCGCAUCACGGUUAAAAAUGCAGCGCAGUUUGAAGCAGCGGUACGCGAUAAAAUUUUGCGUCAAACUCGGUAAAUACGCUUGAAAUGUUAAGACAAGCCUAUGAGGACGAGACUUUGUCGAAAGCACAAGUGUGCAAAUGGCACAAGGCGUUCAAAGAAGGAAGAGAAGACGCGAAGGACGAACAACGCUCAGGGCGUCCAUCAACGUCCAGAACUGCCAAUGUGACUCAAAUGAAGUCUGUUUUGAACUCUGACCGACGUUUGAGUGCGAGGUUAAUCGCAGAUAAGGUGGGACUGCCGAAAUCGGAUGUGUAUUGUAUCAUUUCGGAAGAUUUGAACAUACGAAAACCUGGUUUCUCCACCACUACAACGCGCCAAGUCACUUAUCGCUUCAAGUGAGGGAAUUUUUGGCCAAGAAAAAUGUGGCAACGCUUCCCCACCCAUCGUACAGUCCGGACCUGGUCCCGGCCGACUUUUUUUUGUUCCCGAAAUUCAAAUUCGGCCUGAAAGGACACCAUUUUGGGACAAUUGAAAAAGUCCAAGCAGCCGCGACAAGUGCUCUGAAAGGCAUUUCAAAUCAAUCCCUGCGCUGCUACAAAGAAUGGCAGCAAUGCUGCAACCGCUGUAUUGACGCUCAAGGAUCCUACUUUGAAAAAUAUUAAGUUUAUUUGAACUUAUUUUUAAUAAAACGAUUAAUCCAGAAUUAGUCUCAUUACUUUUGGGACAGACCAUGUAUGCCUUACUCCGUUUCAAGAAUGUUUUUGUUUUUUCUACAGAAUCAAAUAUCCGAAUAAUUUUUUAAAUUGAUUAACAUUAAUAAACGGCGUUCAAAGAAGUGAUACAUCGACCGUGAUAACUGCGGCGGCAAAAUUAGCUGUUACGAAAUAAGUGACAGAAAAUCUUUCAGGUUUCGACGACGAUGAUUUAAUGUAGAACACAAUAAAACAUAUAAAAUACGAAACAUAAAACAUUAAUGAAAUGUGUAGCAAAUGUAAAACGGAAAAUAAAUUUACUGCAGCACUGCAACUUUCGCUUUGCAAAACAUAAACGCACAGACCUCCUCGUCACAUACUUUGAGCAAUUGCACGAUUGUGUUCAAAUGAUUAGCAGAGGCUAUAAAGAUAGACCAUAGAUUUAUCUCGAACGCAACCAAUGUUUCGUGUAUUUCGACAUUCUAUCUUAUCUAUGUCGAAUCCACUCUUCCAUUCGAGAUUCUACUUCCGCGCUCCCUUUUCCACAUUUGGCAUAAGUUGCAGCGACUUAGUCAUGGAUAUGCUUAAUUGCGUCGGUCACACACAACCGACGACGGUAAGACAAACGGCGACGCGUUUGUCUCUUGUUUCUUUUUACGCAAUAAUAACUACCGUAAGAGAAAUAAGUCCAUCUAGUUGUUGGAAAUAUACUUUGGUGUGCAACAAGUUAUCGUCGAAUUAUGAAUCAUAUUGCAGCAACCUCUUUGUCAAUAUAUAUAUAUAUAUAUAUGUAUGUAUGUCAACAAAAACGCAGUCUAUAGAAGCCGGAUCUGCGUUCGUUUAAACAAUCAUUAUCCGUGAAAAACAAAAUAAAGAAUCAGUGUCAAGAAUUAUUCUCCAGGCUUGUUAAUUGCCAUCGUAUCUCUGCAUGCACGAUGUUUCUGAAUGCAAAACAGAUACAAAAUAAAAAAAAA